GAAAUAUGAAAAGUCUUCAGUUUUCGCUGCUCCUAGCCAUAUAUAUGGCACUUUUUGGAAUUUUUAACUGCGAGGCUAGAGUUUGGAGGCCACCACCGCCACCAGGACGAGAUCCCUUCAAUUUUAAUCCCUCACCAUUCAACCCCAGCAAAGGUUAACUGAGGAAAGAUAAUAAAGAAAAACCGAAUAAAACUUAA